AUGAGGCACUCAUUGUGCAGCAGCUGCGGUACACAGGCAUGUUGCGAAACAGUGCGCAUCAGACGUUCAGGUUAUGGAGCCAAAUACACCUUUCAGGAGUUUACUGAGCAGUUUCGUGUGUUACUACCAAAGAAUUCUGCGUCUCUGGAGGAUAUAUCAUCUUUAUUGCACAGGCUUGGCUUUGACCACACUACCUACCAGAUUGGAAAAACCAAGGUGUAUCUCAAAGAGCUCGAAAGACAGACAGCUUCAGGACAUCCUCACAAGGAUGUUAUGCGCAAAAUCAUUUUCUUGCAGCACUGGUUUAGAGCUAAAAUAGAGAGGAUGGAUUUUAUUAGAAUGAGAGAGGCAGCCAUCUUGAUCCAGGUUCGCAAAGAGAAGUUCUACCAGCGGCAGUUUUUGAUCCAUCAGCAUGGCGAGUGUUCCAAACAGAAAGAGCCUGGAUAUCAAAAAGCACAGAGCCAUCCAUCACAGAAGAUGCCAGGCACUUCGGCAAAGAGGGGCAUUUCGGCUCGCAAACGUUUGGAUUUGGACUUGUUAGGUACUCUCACUAAAGGAGGAAUAAGGAAGGAAAGAGAUCCGAAGAGGAAGCUUGCCGAAAAAGAGGAGGAGGAAGCAGCACAACGAGCUAAAGAAGCAGAAGAGGCAGCUAGGCAAGCUAAAAAGGAAGAAGAGGCAGCCAGGCAUGCCAGAGAGGAACAGGAAGCAGCUAGAAGACAGAAAGAGCAAGAGACUCUACUACAACAACCACUGGCACCAGGCAAGCAGUCCAACAAUGUGGAGACACUAGUGCUGGAGCGCAGUAAGGCUCCUGUGGAUGUUGAGAUUGGAAGUAAGGGCACGGCCCAAGUUGAUGUCUCAAAAGACCGAAGUAAUUCUGAGAUAGUUCCACAAGUGGAGGCUGGUCCUCCUGAGGUUAAAGAACACCAGAAGCAAAAGGAAAAUGAAUCUUCUGCACAUCCCAGGGAGGAAGGUACACAAACUAAACCUACGUCUCUUGAAAUCCCAAGUGGACAAAGCCAAAACAGAGCUCCUCCGCUCGCCAAGCUGCCAGUAUCCAGAAGUCAGGAGAAACGGGAGCUUAGGAGACAACGUGGCCUAGAGCACAGCCAGAGAGAAAGUGAGAGAGCAGCAUUAGCUGGAAAAGACAAUACUUUCUUCGAGAGCAAAACUCUAGAGAGACCAGGGAAAGUAGACAGCAAGUUGAAGGAGCGAUCUGACAGCAAAGAGUUGGAUCAGUACACCUUUGUGGCUUGGAAAGUAGACAAGGUGAAGAAGGAUGCCAAAGAUGUCCCACCUGAACUUGUUCGACCUUCCACCUUACCCUUGGAUAUCCCUAAUUCAGGACCUGAAAGAACGGUUACACAGACCCGUCCAUCACCGCUCAACCUGCUCUCGCCAAAGAAGAGGACAACAGGAAAAAAAGACCAACAAGAAGCAGCACUCAGCCAGAAAACCUCAUGGCAGGACCCCACAGUCAGGAGGACAGGAACAUCAAAACUCUCCAGAAUCGCGGGAUCUCUAUGUCACUAGACGAUGUGUCCAAAAUAGGCUUGGGCGGUUCAUCACAGGUAAUGUUGACUUGAUUUAACUAGGUA